AAAGUUGUCAGCUGAGCUGGGUUGGUAGGCGAAAAUGGCGAUCUUCAGUGUGUAUGUUGUGAAUAAGGCAGGUGGACUAAUCUAUCAGUAUGAUAAUCAUGUUCCUAGAACUGAGGUCGAGAAGACCUUCAGUUUCCCCCUGGAUUUAGUCUUGAAGAUUCACGACGAGAAGGUUGUUGUCUCGUUCGGUCAACGGGAUGGUAUCAGAGUGGGCCAUGCUGUGCUGUCGAUCAAUGGCGUUGAUGUGAAUGGCAAGUUUACAGCGGAAGGCAAGGAAAUCCUUGAAUACCUGAAAGAGCCAGCCAACUAUCCUGUGUCAAUCAAAUUCGGCAGGGCUCGCCUGAGUUCUAAUGAAAAGUUGAUGCUUGCGUCAAUGUUUCAUUCGCUGUUUGCAAUUGGCUCCCAGCUGUCACCAGAGGUUGGCAGCUCUGGAAUUGAGAUGUUGGAGACUGAUGCCUUCAAACUGCACUGCUUCCAGACACUCACAGGUAUAAAGUUCAUUGUGUUGGCAGACCCCAGGCAGUCGGGUAUUGAUGCUUUGUUACGGAAGAUAUAUGAAAUCUACUCUGACUUUGCACUGAAAAAUCCCUUCUACUCUUUGGAGAUGCCAAUCAGGUGCGAACUAUUUGACCAGAAUCUGAAGGGUUCAUUGGAGAUUGCAGAGAAAGCCGGUACCUUUGGGCCUGGUUCUUAAACUGAACUAGGAACUGAGAGGGAUCAAAUACCUCAGGCCUCAGUGUUGGCAUACCUGCACAGUCACCGCAAACAUCUCAUCUCCAUCCUGUGGUUAUUCUCAUUAUCAUGGAUUUUGUUGGGAAAGAUGGCAAGAGUUGUGAACUGGGAACUUUCCAAUGGCACGGCAGAUUUGUCCUUCAAAUUUUGUGACAUUUUUGUGACAACAUUAUAAGUUGCAGUGUUGUCAAAUUAAGGUGUGCUCCCUGUCGGUGUUUUUGUUUUGUUUGGAAGGUGAACACAAAGUCUGUUAAUGUUUAUACUGACGUUUGCCUGUGCUGAAAGGUUUAUGUCAACAUAUUUCACUGUAAAUACUCUGUAACAUUCUGUCACUUUUGUACAUAAUAUAAUAAUAAUAUGC